AGCAGAUACCUCGCCCCCACCCCCGUCCCCCUUGAUGUUACUGAUGUAAGCUACCAGUGUCUGUUACAUUUGCGAAUGCAGUGCUCACUCAAUUUUUUCUAGGAAUGCUAGAGAACACAAGGAUAACACUUGAAUUGCUGCUUUUUGUGAAUCUUAAGGCAACCGCAGCCGCAUCUGCUUCUCGUUCAUUGAAGAACAGUUUUUCAGAAGAGCUGAAAUGGACUUGCAUAUUCUCGACCAUCGAUUGAGGGUGACUAGUAUCAGUAAAACAGGACUGGUUCAUUUUACUCACCCUCUAAUAAAAUUAAUUUUCUUGAGAAACCGGAGCAGAUGUAAAUUUUUCAGUCUCACAGAAACUCCAGAGAACUACACAGUCGUCCUUGACGAGGAGGGCUUCAAAGAACUGCAGCCGUCAGAACAUCUACAGGUGGAAGGCUCCACCUGGUUGCCGCUCAACGUCGUCUCCAAUGGCAACGCCUCCAGCAGCUCGCAGGCGGUGGGUGUCACCAAGAUCGCCAAGUCGGUCAUCGCCCCGCUGGCGGAGCAGAAGGUGUCCGUCUUCAUGCUGUCCACCUACCAGACAGACUUCAUCCUGGUGCGAGAGAAAGACCUGUCGGUAGUGAUCCACACCCUGCAGGAGGAGUUUAACAUUUACAGGGAGGUGGGGGGAGAGUCUGUUCCUGUCCACCAUCAGGACACCCAGAAUGGCCUGCAGAAGAAUGGAAAAGAUGCUGCGAAGGCCACAGUGCACCCUGUGCUGAUCCCCGAGAAUCAGUUCUGCGUGAUGAGCCUGGACCCUGACACGCUGCCCGCCAUCGCCACCACGCUCAUCGAUGUGCUUUUCUACUCAAACAGUCCAAAAGAAGAAGGUCACUCAAGUGAAGACCUCCAGCGUGUCAAGUUCUUCUCGUUCUCCCUGAUAGAGGGGUACAUCUCCUUGGUCAUGGACACCGAGGCACAAAGACAGUUCCCUGCGGAUCUCUUGUUCACAAGCUCGUCAGGAGAGCUCUGGAGAAUGGUGCGAAUUGGAGGCCAGCCCUUGGGCUUCGAUGAGUGUGGGAUUGUGGCCCAGAUCUCCCAGCCUCUGGCCGACAGUGACAUCUCUGCCUACUACAUCAGUACCUUCAGCUUCGACCACGCGCUGGUCCCAGAGGAGGAUAUUGUCACAGUGACAGACAUGCUCCAGAGGCAAAGGAAGGAACCAGGGUGCUGACCUGCUGUAGUCUCAAGUUCUCCGCCACUCUGGAUGCAAUGGCAGAGAAACUCUGUGUGUGUCUGUCUGUCUCUCUCUCUGUGUCUGUGUCUGUGUGUGUGUGUGUGUGUGUGUGUGUGUGUGUGUGU